AUGGAAACUAAUAUUGAAUAGAGCAUUCUCACAAACCCGGUCUAAUGUGGAGCCGAAGGCGGCUAAAAUAUAAUGGGUUACUAUACAUUAAAUAUAACAAUUCAACAAAAAGUAAACAAUGCUUUCACAUAAGACAGAAAUUAUAUUAUACGCAGUAGCACAAUCAACAUUAGAAAUUAAGGAUAUUUUCUCGAGCUUUGAAGAAGCUGCAUUAAACAUCGGUCUAAAAAUAAAUGAAGACAAAACAAAAUACAUGGCCGUCUCAAAACAAGAACGACGGCGAAUAAGGCAAAACAUUACUAUAAAUGAUCACAACUUCGAAGUGGUUAAAGAGUUCAAAUAUCUAGGACCAACAAUCACAAAUGACAACAAAUUAGAGCGAGAAGUUGAAAUGAGAAUAAUGGCAGGAAACAGAUCUUUCUUUGCAAUGCAACAUCUAAUGAAGUCAAAACUUCUUUCACGAGGUACACAAAUCCGGAUAUAUAAGACCAUAAUACGACCAGCAGUCGCGUAUGGAAGCGAAACAUGGACGCUAACAAAAAGAAAAGUAAAUAAAUUGCUGGUGUGGGAACGCAAAAUUCUUCGAAUGAUAUAUGGCCCUUACAGAGACAGCGUGACAAACGAAUGGAGAGGCAGAUACAAUAACGAGCUAGAGUCUCUAUUCGAACUAGAGAAUCUAGACAGAUAUAUAAAGGCCAAUAGAUUUAGAUGGACAGGGCACGUGAUACGCAGUAAUGACUAUCGCCUUAUAAACAAUGUGUUCUGUGAAAGGCCAGAUGAAAGAAGGUCUGUAGGGUGACCUAGAAAAAGGUGGAAAGUCCUAUUGGCACAGGACCGACAAACAUGGAAGGCAAUAGUAAACGUGGCAAAGACUCACAAAGAGUUGCAGCGCGAUUG